AUGAAUACACUUUCUUCUUCCAUUUUCUUCCUCUUCUCUCUCCUCAUACCUUCCCUCAUUUUCUCUUCACCCCUUCAAGACUCACAUUCCGUCACUCAAGAAGUUAAUAGGAAAAUCAAUGGCUCAUUAGCUAGGAGGAACUUGGGGUACUUAUCAUGUGGAAGUGGAAACCCUAUUGAUGAUUGUUGGAGAUGUGACCCAAACUGGGAAAACAACAGACAGAGGCUAGCAGAUUGUGCUAUUGGCUUCGGCAAGAACGCUAUCGGUGGUAAAAACGGUAAAAUCUACGUGGUAACAGACUCCGGCAACGAUGAUCCGGUGACACCGAAGCCCGGUACUCUCCGUUACGCCGUGAUUCAAGAAGAACCAUUAUGGAUAAUAUUUGCAAGAGACAUGGUGAUUCAACUAAAAGAAGAAUUAAUAAUGAAUUCCUUCAAGACAAUUGAUGGAAGAGGAGCUAGUGUUCACAUUGCUGGUGGUCCUUGUAUUACAAUUCAGUAUGUUACAAAUGUUAUCAUACAUGGAAUACAUAUUCAUGAUUGUAAACAAGGUGGGAAUGCUAUGGUAAGGGACUCCCCAGGGCAUUACGGGUGGAGAACUGUAUCGGACGGUGAUGGUGUGUCGAUUUUCGGUGGAAGUCAUGUUUGGGUGGAUCAUUGUUCUUUGUCUAACUGUAAUGAUGGUUUGAUUGAUGCUAUUCAUGGGUCUACUGCUAUUACUAUUUCUAACAAUUACAUGACACAUCAUGAUAAAGUUAUGCUUUUGGGUCAUAGUGAUAGUUUUACUCAAGACAAGAACAUGCAGGUUACUAUUGCUUUUAAUCACUUUGGUGAAGGCCUGGUUCAAAGAAUGCCAAGAUGUAGGCAUGGUUAUUUCCAUGUGGUGAACAAUGACUAUACUCAUUGGGAAAUGUAUGCUAUUGGUGGAAGUGCUAAUCCAACUAUCAAUAGUCAAGGAAACAGAUUUGUUGCUCCUGAUGACAGAUUCAGCAAGGAGGUGACCAAACAUGAGGAUGCACCAGACAGUGAAUGGAAGGGAUGGAAUUGGAGAUCUGACGGUGAUUUAAUGUUGAACGGUGCAUUUUUUACGCCAUCGGGUGCAGGAAGAGGAGCGUCUUCAAGUUAUGCAAGAGCUUCGAGUUUAAGUGCAAGACCGUCUUCGCUGGUGGGAUCAAUAACAACGGGUGCUGGUGUGCUCAGUUGUAAAAAGGGCUCUCGUUGUUAA